CCACCGACGGUCCCGCCUGUCACCGCCCCUGUCAGAGGGACAGCGAGUUUAAUGUUCCCUCUGCGCCUCUUCGAAACCCGGGGACCCAUUUUACUUUAAGCCCUCGCCACUUUUUUUCCUCCCCUCCUCAUGUGUUUUGUCUCACUUUAGAACCCGCUCACGGAAACUCGGACUACUCGCACUUUUCUUCCCUUUUCCUCUCCCGAGCAGCACUGAAGUCGCAAGCCAUGCUACUACCCCCGUCACUACUACUCCUCCUCGGCCUCCUCACCUGGAGUGCCACAUCAUGGGCUGCAAAAGUGAUCGUGGUCCCACCCAUUAUGUUUGAAUCACAUCUCUACAUCUUUAAGACGCUGGCCACAGCUCUGCACCAGGAGGGCCAUGAGACCCAUUUUUUAAUUUCAAAGGGUCGCGAGGUGCCCCCCUCGCCUCACUACCACUUACAGCACUACCCAGGGAUCUUUAACAGCACCACGGCUGACAAUUUCCUCCAGUCUAAAGUCAGCAACAUCUUCUCAGGCCGCCUGACAUUUCUUGAACUGUUUGACAUUCUUGACCACUACUCUCAGAACUGUGACGCUGUUGUUGGCAAUGCCGAGGUAAUGACCCGACUCAAGGAGGCCAAGUUCGACCUGCUGCUUGUGGACCCUAAUGAGAUGUGUGGUUUUGUGAUCGCUCACAUCCUGGGUGUGAAAUAUGCCGUGUUCAGCACCGGCCUGUGGUACCCUGCAGAAGCGGGUGCCCCAGCUCCGCUUUCAUACGUACCUGAAUUCAACUCACUGCUGACAGACCGCAUGACUCUGCUUCAGAGGAUCACCAACACAGCUGUUUACCUGGUGCAGCGCUUCGGAGUCCAUUAUAUUGCAUUACCAAAGUAUGACCGGAUUAUGAAGAAACAUGGAGUGAAGCCUCAAGUGGCCAUGGCCGACUUGGUGCAGGGCAGCCGGCUGUGGAUGCUCUGCACUGACAUGGCUCUGGAGUUCCCCAGGCCCACUCUGCCACAUGUGGUGUACAUAGGAGGCAUCCUUACCCAGCCUCCCAACCCACUACCACAGGAUUUUGAGGCAUGGGUGAACGACACGGCAGAGCACGGCUUCGUGGUGGUGUCGUUCGGAGCUGGGGUCAAGUACCUUUCCCAGGACAUUGCCCACAAACUGGCAGGAGCCCUCGCCAGGCUGCCCCAGCGUGUCGUCUGGAGAUUCUCUGGAGUUCCACCUAGUAACCUUGGCAACAACACUAAGCUUGUUGAUUGGAUGCCUCAGAAUGACCUAUUAGGCCACGCCAACACAAGGGCCUUCCUGAGCCACGGCGGCCUCAACAGCAUCUACGAGGCCAUGUACCACGGCGUGCCGGUGGUAGGCGUACCCCUGUUUGGAGACCACUAUGACACCAUGACUCGCGUGGCAGCCAAAGGUAUGGGCAUCAUGCUACACUGGAAGUACAUGAGUGAGGAGGACCUCUACACAGCCCUGACCAGCGUCAUCACUGACUCCAGGUACCGCCAGCAAGCACGUCUGCUCUCCAACAUACACAAAGACCAGCCAGGCCACCCUGUGACCAGGGCCGUCUACUGGAUCAGCUACAUACUCCGCCACCAUGGUGCCGACCACCUGCGCUCCGCUGUGUACGAGGUGUCUCCCUACCAGUACUUCCUGCUGGAUGUGGUUUUCACAGUAGGGGCUGCCCUGGCUUUGGGUUUCUUUGCCCUGCGACGGUUGGUACGAUCGCUGAGGGGGAAGGUCAAGGACCAGAGCAGAGGAGAUGGCAUCCCCAGGGAUGAUGGUAACAUGGCCAAUGGGCAUUGCCAUAGCGAGAGCAUGGCCAACGGGAAACACAAACGCAAUGGCUCCUUGAAAAACGAGAAGAAGAUUAAUUAAUGUUUUAAAUGGCCAAGAAGGACGAGGAAGAAGUUGCCCCAAGGACUCAGCUCUAGGAUUGGUGUUGUAGUUUUAUAAAGGCUUUGAGAGGAAGCUGUUCUUAGGUCUGAGUCGAGAGGCAACUGUUAGUCGGAGCGAGCAGAAGGCUGUAGAGGGAUACACAAUGCAUCGUGAGGCAUGGGUGCUCAAAAUCUGUCUGUGUGUACGUGUGUGUGUGUGUGCACGUGUGUGUGGGUGUAUGUGUAUGUGUGCACUGAGGCGAAUUUAACGAAAAAACAACAAACUCUUAACAAUAGCAGCUACAGCAAUAAAACACCAAAUUGGAAAGUGAUUGAGGAUGAAACACAGGAAAGACGCAUCGGAGGACGUCGUUCAUUCAAGUGCGUCUUCUCUCCUGCAUGCUCUCUGUUGUCUUCCUGCCUUCCUCGCCCGGUGGAAGGAGGAUGAAGUGCCGCCAACCCCUCAUCCUCAGAACAAAAGAAGAAAACAAACAUAACUUUUGAAAUAUUUAGGAUUUAAAUGUUUUUAACUGCAAACUCUGCUUCAACAAUUGUCUGGAAAACUGUAAAUAGAGGACAAAUCUAUUUAUUACUGUACAAAUGCAUUUUAAUGAUGAAUCUUUUCAGCAUUAAUCUUAUUUUUAAUUUAUUUCAUGUGUCGGUGGUGUGAUGGCAUGAUGGCAGAUGUACACUCCUUCCUCUAAGCUAACUUUUGACGCUUCAUAUUGAUGACAAUAAAAACAAAAACAAAACUGACAGCAGCUAGUCAUUGCAAGUCUGCACAGGUCUGUGCUUUUCGUACUAUCCACAGUAUUCACAGUUGUCUUGUCUUCAAACUAAUCGGAGUGUUGAAAAUAUUUUCGAUUUAUUUCCCUUUUCAAAUGGUGGUGCCAAACUGUGACUGACUGUGACUGCACUUAGCUGUGCAGCAGCCGAGUUGUCUUUUGUUCCAGCAGAGAAUAACUCAACUGAGCUCCGUUUGGCUUACCAGUGUGAAAAGGGUGUCAUUAUGUAGCGAUACAAUGAUAACUAGAGAGGAUACUGUGGAUACACAGAGCCAGAUAAGAGGUGUGCUCUUGCUCAUCCAGUCAGGUGAUCAGGGAUGAGUCAGAGCAUUAUUGAUUUAUGAUCACUUUCUUCGUCAGUCCCAUAUCUUGAUUCUGCUUCUGUCCUCUAUUUGUUGAUUAGUAAGGAUUCAUCAGCUGUUUGCCAUUUUUAGUGCUACACUUCAUCACCACAUCAUUAUGCUAUGAUUCAGUGUUGGAUAAUAUCUAACAUGUUGCAAAUGGUAGUUCUGAAUUACACGGUUCAGGUAGAAAUUUCAGAAUCCGUAGAAUGCUUCUCUUCUGCAGGUUAAAGGUGCAAUAUGUAAGAAUUUUGGUUGAAAACUGAGCUCCCAGCCUGGACCGCUAACUGCACAACUAACUGAGCUAAUGGAAGCUACAGUUGGCAGCAGUUAGCUGCCCUCUGUUUGUUAUGAGUAUACGUUCAACAAGUGGCCGAUUCUUUCACAUAUUGCACCUUUUUUUAGGCAGUCGUUUUGUACUUCUAUUAACUUUUUAGUGUGAAUGAUUCACAUUUGGCCUUUUAUAAUGCAGAGAUCUGUGUAUGCAGUAUGCUUGAAUACAUGUGUAUGUGUGCUUGGUGUUUCAGCACUUGUGUGUUUUAGUUCACUGUGUAUGGAUGGAAAAAGGCAGACAACGUUUUAGCCCACUGAGAAAACAACCAUUGGCUUUUUUUUCUGCUAUUCUGUGAAGUCUAUCAUCAAACUGAGUGAAGGCCCAUGUGAAGGACUCUGUGCUCUUCUUUUAAUGAGAGUUUUUUUUUUCUUAUCUUUCACUCCACAAUACUUUACUCCUGCUUCUUGGCCACCAUGUCUGUUAAUUCUUAAUGCAGAUGGAUGGAAGGGUGAAGGAGCGACUUAGUUCCGACAACAAAGGUGAACCCCGCAACCUCUACAAUGAAUAAUAAUGUGUCAAAGUGACACUGAUCCCUGUAGAGAAAUUCUCUUUUCUUGAACCCCCGUCAAGGAGAUCAAAGUACAGGGCGAGCGGGAAGAGUAUCUUUUGAGUUUGUGGGGAUUCGGUGUCUGGCUAAUGGACAAUUCAGAAGGGAACGUGCUCGUGGACAUGGGACAUAAAAAUCUCAUGAACAUGAGACUUCCAGUUGGGUGGUUACCAAGCCACCAGGCCACACAUACUGUAUUUUCUUCCACUGUGCUGGCAGCACAGUCCAGACUAUAAUUGGCAUUUUCGAGCAAAGACAUUGUUCACCAACUUACCAAAGCUUCCCACAUGGACUAUAUAUAUAUAUAUUUAUCAAUGUAAAUUUAAAGGAAAACAGAAGAAUCACUUAACAUCCAACCGACAUGCACAUACAGCAUGCUCACAAAUCCUGUAUGAUGAUUUUUGAGGCUUCAUGAUCUUCCUCUUCUCUGUGAGCUACAAGUACACCUGCACAGCCCAGCCCAGCCCAGCCCUGCUGAAAACACAUUAUACUUGAAUAUCAUUAUAUCAUCAUCUUUAACAGCUUCAGCUGCUAGGGAUGGUAGGUCGGGCCUGCAGGUGCUACGCAAGCUAUGAACAGGGAGUGGAGAAAAAACCCCCCUCAUAUUUUUGAAGUUAUUUAUUAUUUCAGUAUUAAUGUUCUAGCCCUCAUAGUUAGUUGUCCGUUCUUUGCCUCUCUGUGUUCUAACCCAGCAGUCCGACUCUUUCCUGUUCUCGUGACGUUUGCAUUUCAUCAACUCGAAGACUCCCUGUCCUGUCGUCACUAGGCGCCCGUUCCAUUUGUCCACCUCUUUGUCUUACUCUUCACUUCACGAUGUGUUCCGCUGUCUUUGUAUUCUCGUCUUCUUCCUCCCCCUUCCCUUCUAAAUAUUAGAUGUCUCCACUCACUUGCUUUUUUUUUUUUUUAAAAAAGAAACUUCAUUUCGCUUUGAUUUUAAAAAUGACAUAGUCCUCAAUUUUCCUGUCAAGUGUGUCCAUGUUGUAAAUAGAACAAUGUAAACAAAAUACUAAUGCUGAAUAAAAAUUACAUAUUUUGUUUGCAGA